CAGUGCACCCUGAGCCGUCGCAGAGACAACAUUAGCAUUAGGCUGAGCCCACAAAAUAUCUAUUCUCUGAGAAUUAUCGCUUCCAGUGCAAGCGGCGCUCUUAUAUCUGCAACUCAUUUCGAGUCUCGUGUGGAACACCGCAACAACAACAGCAACAGCUGACAAAAUGCCGGAGAGACAAAUUGCACCAGUUAUCAGCCGUUUGGAGGAGUUUGAACAGAAUCUGCCCGGUUACCUGGGCUCACACUCCAAGCUGGCCAUACUGCUGGACUAUGAUGGUACCUUGGCGCCCAUUACGGACAAUCCCAGCCUGACGAAAAUGGAUGUUGAACUGGAGAACUUGCUGCACAAGUUGGCCAAGCAUCCGCAAAUCUUUCUGUCUGUGAUUUCGGGCCGUGGAUUAAAGGAUGUCCAAGCGCACGUGAACAUCGAGGGGGUCACCUAUGCAGGAAAUCAUGGACUCGAAAUUGAGUAUCCGGAUGGUUCGCGUCACGAUUAUGAUCUGCCCGCUGACGUCAAGAGGAAUUACACGGCCAUGGUGGAGGAGCUAAGGCAGCGCUUGGAAAAGAAUGGCGCCUGGGUGGAGGAUAAACGCGUCUCGCUCACCUAUCACUAUCGCGACACGCCCGUCGAGCUGAAGGAUGAGCAAAAGCAGCUGGCUAUCGAGAUCUGUGAACGUCACGGCUUCCGUGCCAAUCUGGCGCACGAGGCCAUCGAGGCGAAGCCACCAGUUAAUUGGAACAAGGGCGAGGCAGCGCUCUACAUCCUGAAUGGUAAAUUUGGCAAUGCCUGGGCGAAGGAGGUGCUUGUGGUGUUCGCGGGCGAUGAUACCACCGAUGAGGAUGCCAUGCGGGUACUCCAGGGCUUGGGACUCUCAUUCCGCAUUGCUGCCGAUGCACAGACGCAAACCUUUGCGGAUUUCCGUUUGCCCAAACAGGAUCUGAUGACGGAUCUGUUUAAAUGGAUAGCCUCUGUUUAUCUCUCUUAGAAUUUCUAGCUAUUGUAAUUUACAAUUCAUUAAAUUAUUCAAAUUUGUUAAAAUUGAUCAGUUACUUUAAAUCUUAAAUUGGUUAUGUUAGCAUAUUCUUCUUUUUUUGUAAGUCUUUAUUUAAAAAUACAAACUACAUCAUUGUAAAUCCUUAUGAAUGCC